GUGCAGCUAAGGACGCGCCGCCAUUUUGCCCGACAACAAAGCGAAAAGUCGACAUUUUAUCGGAUUGUUUACAUUGGUUUAUGACAACGCAAUCAUGGUAAAACGCUGCUGCUGGGGCACUUGUAACACUGAUAGCAGAUACCCAGAUCGGCUUCAAGGAGGGAUAGUGUUCAUUCCUUUUCCAAAACCUGGAAGAAACUUGGAAAAAGCAAAGAGGUGGAUACGUAUGUGUGGUCGUCCCCAUUAUCAGUUAAAUGAAGAUAUACUCAAAGAAAGAGGGAAAGCGAAACAUUUAUACGUGUGUUCAAAGCAUUUUGUCAAUGGCCAGCCAUCUGAGAUGCACCCUGAUCCAGUGUCUGCAGUCCGUUAUGAUGCAUUGACACCAGCUCGAAAACGACCCACCAAAAGAGGGUCAAGUUCAGAAACGAGAACUACAUCUAAGCGACAGAUUUUGAUGGACACUAGUACUGAUAUGAAUCAGCACAAUGAAGCUGGCAGUGAUGUGUUAAAGGCAUCAUCUGAAAUUCAACAUGUUUCAACGACUGCAACUACAAGUUCUCAAGCAUCAGCAACAGAAAAUGUUAACCCAAUUCUUCCUGGAGAUGCAGCAGGUGCGUGGAAGCGGAUGGUGGGACGGUUUUAUUGGCUGAAUGACAGCGAGAUCGCAAAGCAUCUGAUUGAGGUCCAUGAUCAAUGGUGUGGGGACCAGUGUCCCCUCGAGAAGUCGUGUAUCGAGCGCGGUUCAUGUGGCCAGCCCGAUGUGAUUCCGACUACACAGUACAAACCACAAAACCACAUCAUCUCGCUCCAGCUGGAAGUUGAUGAAGGGGUGGAGUCUGUUAAUGAUGACUCAAGUGAUAACAAUGACCUUGACCUAGCAAACAUAGAGGAACAUUGCAUAAAACAAGACCAAGGGUCCACACAUUGCACCCCACAGAUCACUGAAUCCACCCCACAAACCUCUGAAUCCACCCCACUGAGGAUUAACUACUUAUUAUCUAUACCAGCCAACAAAUGGACUAAUUUGGGAGGAGAUACCAUUACACAAGCAAUACCAGUUGUCAUACAAGAACCAAUAGACAGUGGUGAAUAUAAAAAUUCUGUGCUACAAAGUGUAGAAACAUCUCAUCAUCAUACACAGCUUACAUCAUCUGGUGCCACCUCUCAUCCAGUCAUGACAGAUACCAUUGUUGUGAAACAAGAGCCAACAGACAGUGAUGAAUAUGAAAAUUCUGUGAUACAAAGUGUAGAAACAUCUCAUCAUCAUACACAGUUUACAUCAUCUGGUGCCAUGUCUCAUCCGGUCAUGUCAGAGACCAAUGUAGGAGUUGUGAAACAAGAACCAACAGACCGUGGUGAAUAUGAAAAUUCUGUGAUACAAAGUGUAAAAACAUCUCAUCAUCAUACACAGCUUACAUCAUCUGGUGCCACCUCUCAUCCGGUCAUGACAGAUACCAUUGUUGUGAAACAAGAACCAACAGACAGUGGUGAAUAUGAAAAUUCUGUGGGACAAGAUAUGGAGACCACAGAGACAAAUACUGUUCAUCAUUCUCCCCCUAUUUCAUCUUCACAUUCAGUCAGCGCAAAUACCAUUACCACAGCAGUCAGGGCUGCACUGAGACAGAAGAUUUCAUCAACAGAUCCGGGAACCACUGCACUGGAUUCAGUAGAGAUGAGUGAACCACACAUUGUAAGCUCAGUGACAUCUAGUCUUUCUGAGGCCCAAGCAUCACAAACCCCGACCCAUACCUCUACAGUUAGUGGGAAUACACUGGUUCAGUGUGUCAGUGUAGGAGGAAGUGGAGCUAGCAAUCCACACUAUACAGUAACACUCAGUCCUAGUCUCCCGUCUGCUUUCAGUGUAGACCCAAGUGUUUCCAUUGCUGCGAAACAUUCACCAGAUUCGGAUCAAGGUCGCUCCGUAGCUGAACCACAUGUGUUAGUCUCAUCUCUGUCAAGUGUGAAGUUAAUGUCAGGUGGACUAUUGACCGAAAUGAUGUCCAACAUUGGAGCUGAUGGCAAACAGAAAAAUGAAGAAAACACACAGCGGGACAGAAGGAGUGAGAAGAAGCAGAGCAAAUCUCAAGGUGUAGAGGAAAAAUCUAACACAGUGUUUGUGAAAAGGAAACGGUUAGAAGAGGAGGGGCCCAUCACCAACAAGAGAUUUGCUACAGUAACAGAGGAAGAAACUAAAAAACUAACAGAGGACCAGUCUAAUGACCUCAUUGAUAGCAAAAAAGAGGACUGCUAUGAUGAAGAGGACAAGGAGUUGGAUGACUUGCCAGUGUUAAUGAAGACUGUGAAAACCAGCAUUCAACUUGAGGAUUCAGAUACUGAUGGUGAAAUCCAAGAGAGGAAGACCAAGGAUAACACAACUGCAGAUUAUGUUAAUAAAGUUUCAGUUGCACCGGCUUUGAACCUUCCAAAGCGUGUGUACGAUAAGCGACACUGCUGUUACUACUGUGGUGGAAUGUACGGGAAAAUAUCCAUUCAUCUCCAGGUCGUUCAUCCACAAGAAAGACUUGUUGCAGAUGUGCUAGAGAAGAACAAAGGAGAGAGGGAGAGAAAAGAGAAAUGGAAGAAAAUCAGAAACAUGGGAAACUUUCUACAUAAUAUCAAAACUUUGAAUGGAAAGGAUGGGCAUUUGAUCGUGGAGAGACGGCCUAGAGUUAUCAAAGGGUCAGAGAAGUUCUUACCUUGUACAUAUUGCUUAGGGUUUUUUGACAAAGGUGAACUUUGGAGACAUACCAAGGCUUGUCCUCUGUUAGGUCAAAUGGGAAACAAAAAACGACAUCUCUAUUCUGCACAGCUUCUACUUGACAGCAACUUAGAUGAGAACUUGGACAUGAAUGAUAGAAUUAGAGAAGUAUUAGCUGGAAUGCAAUCAGAUGAAGUUUUCAAGGCCAUCCAAACAGACAAAUCUUUGUUGGUCCUAGGAUCAAUCACAAUCAAAAAACUUGGCAGAUGUAAGAUGGCAAAUGUAAUACAAACUCUAAAGGAAAUGGGAAAGUUAUUGAUUUUUUUGAGGAAGGAUUCUAAACCAUCUGCCUGUUUUAAUGACUUUUUGAAACCAAAGGAAUUUAAUACAGUAGUUAAGGCUAUACAUGCACUCAACAUGUGUUCAAACUCUGACGGUCUCAUAGAUGGCUUAUGUCCAAAGCGCCACCUACGUCUUCAUAUUCACGUGGACCAAGCUCUAAAACAGUUAGCUGAAAUAAAGAGAGGGAUAGCCUUGAGAGAAGGGAAUGAAGAAAAUAAGAGGGAUGCAGAGGACUAUUUGUUAUUACACAAGUCUGUGUGGGAAGGAAAAAUUAAAAGUCAUGCCAAGCAUGUUCAGUGGAGCAUCGUUAAUCCAGACACUUUGGUUCCAAGCAAAAUCGACCUGAUAAAUGAAGUGUCCGGAUAAUUGAAUCACAUAUUUUUUAUUUUUAGCUCACCUGAGCUGAAAGCUCAAGUGAGCUUUUCUGAUCACCUGUUGUCCGUCGUCUGUCUGUAAACUUUUUACAUUUUCAACUUCUUCUCCAGAACCACUGUCUAGACCAAUUUCAAGUAAACUUGGCCAAAAGCAUCCUUGAGUGAAGGGCUUUCAAGUUUGUUCAAAUGAAGGACCAUGUGCCUUUCAAUAGGGAGAUAAUUACAAAAAUAGGGUGGGGUCAUUUACAAAUCUUCUUCUCAAGAACCACUGGGCCAGAAAAGAUGAAAUUUACAUGAAAGCUUCCUGACAUAUUGCAGAUUCAAGUUUCUUUAAAUCAUGGCCCCCGGAGGUUGGAUGGAUCAACAAUAGGGGAUCAAAGUUUUAGAUAUAAAUAUAUAGGAAAACUCUUUUAAAAUCUUCUCAAGAACCACUGAGCCAGAAAAGCUGAGAUUUACAUGAAAUCUCCUGACAUAAUGGGAUUCAAGUUUGUUCAAAUCAUGGUCCCUGGGGGUAGGAUGGGGCCACAAAAGGGGAUCAAAGUUUUGCAUGCAAAUAUAUAGGGAAAAUCUUUAAAAAUAGGCCGGGGUUCAAAUCCCGGCCGCGAUAGACCUAAGUCGUUAAAACAGGUAGUGAGAGUUGCAUCGCCAAACGCUCGACAUAAGGUGUGAAUGUCACGGGUCCUCGGAGAUCACCUUAAAAACGGAUGCCCCGUGUCACAGUAGGUUUGAUACGCUAAAGAACCCUUGCUGCUCAAAGGCUGUAAAGUACCGAGCAAAGGCCUAAAUUUGAAGCCCUUCACUGGUCUUGGUGACGUCUCCAUAUGAGUGAAAAAUUCUCGAGAGAGACGUUACGAUACAAUCAAUCAAUCUUCUUAUCAAGAACCACUGAGCCAGAAAAGCUGAGAUUUACAUGAAAGCUUUCUGACAUAUUUCAGAUUUAAGUUUGUUAAAAUCAUGGCCCCAGGCGAUAGGAUGGGUCCACAAGGGGGAUCAAAGUUUUACAUACAAAUAUAUAGGGAACAUCUUGAAAAAUAUUCUUCUCGAAAACUACUGGGUGAAGAAAGUUGAAAUUUACAUGAAAGCUUCCUGGCAUAGGUGCAGAUUUAAGUUAGUCAAAGUCAUGCCCCCCCCCCCCCCCCCCCCCGGGGGGGGGGGAGAUAAGGCGACAAUAGGGGAUCAAUUUUUACAUACAAAUACAUUAGGAAAAUCAUUAAAAAAUCUUCUGAAAAACCACUUGGCCAGAACAGUUUACAUUCGUUUGAAAGCUUCCUGACCUAGUCCAGUUCAAUUUUGAAAAAAAAUCAUGGCCCUCGGGAGUAGGUUGAGGUCACAAUAGGGAUCAAAGUUUUACAUGCGAAUAUAUAGGAAAAAUCUUUAUAUAUAACCCAAGGUGACUCAGGUGAGUGAUGUGGCCCAUGGACUUCAUGUUACAUAAGUAACCAAUAUGUUGUGUAAUGAAUUAAACACAUUCCAUCAUUGGGUUUAACCAUUUGCAUUAAUAAAUAAAAUAUAAUAAUGAUAACA